AUAAAAUAUUUAAAUUGCAAAGGCAAAAUGUUACUGUUAAUUUGAAUAUGAAACAAUUCUAUAGAUAUGAGUUAACUGAAUAUUGCUAUCAUCAUGAAUGAAGAAACAAGCAUCGAAGAUUCUUCAUAUUUAAGUUAUGAAAUAAAUGGUACCAGAUAUAUUUUACAAACUGUCUCAGAUCCAGUCAUUGAUUUAAUAAAAACCACAUCUACCAAUGAAGAGGAAACUGCCAUUAACAUUAUAGAUGAGGCUCAAAUGGAAAAAGAUGAAGAAUCAAUUUCUUUGGUAUGCUUAGAUGGUCAAGUCUAUGCAUUUCAAAAUGGAGAAUUACAGGAAUUGGAUCUCAGUCAAGUUAUAGAUCAAAAUGAUCAACUGGAAAAAACUGUUUUAUUGUCUAAAGAUAUUGAUAAUUGUGAAGCUGAAUAUAUUACUAAUGAAGAUUUAGUAAUCAGAAACAUUGAUGACCAAUCUCAAGAACAGUAUGAAGUUGUGACAGGACAAAAUGAAAAGAAUUUCAUUGUAGAGAAGCACAAUGUGAAUGCCAAUGAUUUUGUGGAAGUUGUAACAGCGUUUAAAUGUAAAAUAUGUACUUAUACGACUCAAGAUAAAACAAAAUUAUUGCAACACUUUCAGAAAACACAUGUGAAUCCAAAAGUUGAUAUUGAAAUAAAAGAAGAAUCUAAAAAUACAGAUGAAGUAAAACUGUUGUAUAUGUGUGGAGAAUGCUCCAAUUGCUUCCCUUCCAUAGAAGAUUGCAAAGAACAUAUGAUAAAUGAUCAUCAAUUAACAGAUACAGGCUCCAAUAAAGGUGGCAAAGAAAAUAUUACCGAUGACACAAAAGAUUCUACCUUGCUUGAUGAGUGUAUGGAACGGAGUGCUGAAAAUGAUAUGAAACGUCAAGUUAAAAUUCAAAAACCUUUAAGUUCUGAGUAUAUGCUCAAUAAGAAGAUGAUAGAACUAAUGGAGAGAAACAUAAAGUGUUCAUAUAGAGGGUGCCCAUACAAAUUUAUUACCGAAGAAACAAUGCAGCAACAUACACUUUGUCAUACAGAAUCCCAAAGUGGUACAGCAUUUAAAUGUACUGUUUGUCGGGAUUUGAAAUUUACUAAAUGGAGACAGUGUAGUUUACAUUUAUGGAAAAAGCAUCAAAUUGAUAUAGGUUUGUUUACUUGUAAAAUAUGUAAAGCAUACAAAAGUGCAACAAUGGUGAAGCUUCUGACUCACAUGAGAGUGCAUAGUGAGACUCGAGAGUAUGAAUGCAGCGAAUGUGGUAAAUGCUUCAAGCAAGCCAGUCAGCUCCGUAAUCACAGAGUAAUGCAUUUAGAUCGGAAGGCAUUGGAAGUAACACGGUGGUAUACUUCAAAAAAAUGUGACAUGUGCGGAAAAACUUAUGCGAACUCUAAAUGCUUGAAAAGUCAUAUUCAAGCGGUGCAUUCAAAGCUGCGACCGUAUGUUUGUAAUGUUUGCGGACAUUCCAGUGCUAGAAAAGCAAUGUUACAAAUGCACUUGCGUCAACAUACCGGUGACAAACCUUUUAGCUGCGAACUCUGUGAUUAUAAGACAGGAGAUCACAAUACGUUGCGACGACAUAUUAUGCAGCACACAGGAUUCAGACCUUACAAAUGUCCACAUUGUGCUUAUACUGCGAUACAAAGCAGUAGUUAUAAAAAUCACCUUAAAUCUCGGCAUCCUUUACUAUCUGGUUUAUUCACAUGUGAUUUGUGCCCUUUUAAAACUGUAAAAAAUGAAAGUUACAUGCAGCACGUGAGAGACCAUGAAAAAGGCUUAAUCAAAGCGAACAUACAAAAGAAAGAUGGUGAAAAUGUCGAAGUUUUUCCCGGUAAUAUCGCAGCGGCGCAAUUGAUUUAUAGUUGUUUAGGUGCCUUCUCUAAAGUUGGAGAUACCUUAGAGGCGAAUCUAAUGUCUUCCUCGACGUCUGCAGACGGUACAUCGCAAACGAUCACAAUACAAAUACCGUCGAAACACCUUGAAGGUUCACUGCCAACGAGAGAACACGGAAUGAAAACUAACUCUACGAUAGAACAAGAGGAUGAAGAAACGAUGCAUUGUUUUUUAAAAAUUCCAAGGGAAGAAGAAGAAAGUAUAGAUACCGGUGGAAUAACUAUCCCAGCAGAACCCGAGGAGUCGGGUGCAACAACAAUUAAUAUUGAUACGUGA